CCUGUCUAGUCUGAUGUAGUCUGUGUUUUUACAGAUUAUGUAGUGAUGUUAAAUAAACUGUUUUGGUCGUUUUGGACCGCUUUGUUUACUAUCUAGCGGCUCUUACGUAUUGGAAUGCCUCAUUUCUAAUAAAAUUGAUACGAAAGCUAAGCACAACAGGGACAAAAUAGCCAUGGCACAAGUAGAACAGCCGAUUUUCAUACUUCCGAAAAAGCGGAAUGGCAAAAAAGCCAACGCAGUGGCUAGCCAUGUCGACCACGUAAUUGCGAUACAGGGUGUUCCGGACAAUACAUUUCCGGUGAAAUACACGAGCGGCCUAUCACCGGUGUCUGAACACACUGCGAACGGUGUCAUUCAUUCCACUAUGGAAGGCAUCAAAUCAAACAUGAAAAUACACUUACCCAUCAUCAAUGAUGAAAUUGAUGAGGAGCUUGAGUCAACUGAAACAGACGUUCAAAAGCAACCACAUAAGAAUGGCUACCAAGCCCUAUGUAACAUAAAUGGCAGCCGUGAAAUCAUAGACUUGUCACCAAUAUAUGAAAAUUCCUCAGAUGCGUGCUCAAGCCACGGCGAUUUGAGAGAAACCAAUGAGUAUGAAUUACAAAAGAACUGCAAAAUCUUUAUUGGUGAGCAAUAUGAGAGUUCAUGCCCAACACCAAAUAGUCUGUCUCAAACACAGUCUGAAAACAGUUUUGAAAUGGGCCCGUUGACUGACAGCUUGAAAAACAGUGCAAAGAAGAAGAAAAAAGUGAAUAUUGUUGCCGGAGUCGCUGAAUAUGAGAACACAGCUGCAGAAAAUACUGCAUCAAAACUAGAAUCUGAAGGGCCAGUUACACCUGAAUGCUCCUUGACAGAAUUUAAAGAUGGCUACUUGGCUAUGACUGGCACAAUUAAAAGAGGUAAGAAAAAAGGUCAGAAUGUAGACGUCAAACUCAACAUAUCUCGAGAAGAACUUGAAAUAAUUGAAGCUACCAUCGUAGCUGAAGAAUACAACAAGAUGGAUAUUUCAAAGUGCUCUAUUCGUAAUGGGCCUCAUGUGUUCUUGUUUACUCUUAUCUGCAUUCCAUUUGUGACAUGUAUCUCGGCUUUGUACUCAUUUUAUAUGGGGACCAUAACGUGGUAUAACAUAUUCACACAUAUAACUGAAAAUUUUAGUUGCAUUAAAAAAGUUGUAUUAGCUCCAUUGAUAAUUUUGUGUUAUCCAUUUUUGAUAGUGAUCUUCACCAUUGGCCUUGGAUUAUACGCAGGAAUCGUACAGCUCACAUUCAGCGCCGGUAACUGGUGGAAGGAUGUAUGUGAUUUUGAGAAAGGCUACUAUGGUUGGCUCUGUAAUAUGUUAAGCUUGUCAGAGUGUAGUCCUUAUGAGGUUGUGGUCUUAAUGGACGUAAAACCAUAAUGAAUUUGUCUCUUUCUUUUAUAUGACACUGCCAUGAAUAUAAAUUUAAUAUUGAUUAUUGCUGUUAUGAGCUGUAUACCGUUUUGCUGACAACAAUAAUUCAAAGAAGCAUUUUAAUUAUAUAAUAAAAUGUAGUGUAUUUCCUCUGCUCAAUUGACAAGAAAAGUUAUGAAAUGCUACAUAUUUGAAAACCAGAAAUUGGUGUUCAUAGAAUUGUCUUAAUAAGGGAGCAUAUAAUAUUGUGAAGUGUUUGGAUUGUGUGCGCUAUAAGAGAUUGGGAACAAGGAGGAAGGUAGUACUUUUAUGGUAAAUUAAUUUGUAUUUUUAUAUUAAAUCUUGCUCAAGUUCUUCCAAAACAUUCCAUAUAACCUAGUCAGUCUAGUCAUUAGAAUAGUGAAUGAUUUUUUUGCCCUUUUUUACAAAUUGAGGAAUAUCACAAGUCUGUCAAUAACUUUAAUAAUAAAUAUUGUAGUGUGUGAUUUUUACAUAUCUCAUAUUAUUUUAAACUUAAUUAUUAAGGUUAAGAAAAAUGUAACUGUAGCAUUAUUGGCUACUGAAAAUGCAAAAAAAAUGUGUCAGGUAGUUUAAUGUACAAUAUAAAAUUAUAAAAAGUUGUGCUUAGCAAUAAUUUAUUGAUUAUUAAAACAAUAAAAGUAACAAUGCUUUAGCAAGUAAUGUAACUGAUUGUAUUAAACUUUCUACAGCAAUAUAAUAUCAAUGAAAUUUUGUAUUAAAGCAUAAUCAAUGUUUAUGAAGACUGAUGUAUUCUAGUCACUAUUGUGGGCGUUUGUACUCAAUAAACAUAUUUUACAGGAAAA